GGCUUUUUGUCACUCCCUUUUCAUUUAGCCUUAUUCUCCUCAACAUCACAUUUGUAUUAUUAUCUAGAGAGAGAGAGAAGGUGAAGGAAAUAAGCCAAAAUGGUAAGGGCUCCUUGCUGCGAGAGGAUGGGAUUAAAGAAAGGUCCAUGGACUGCAGAAGAAGAUCAAAUUUUGAUAUCUUUCAUUCAAAGAUAUGGACAUGAAAAUUGGAGGGCACUUCCUAGACAAGCUGGUUUAUUAAGGUGUGGAAAAAGUUGCAGACUAAGGUGGAUAAACUACUUAAGGCCAGACAUUAAAAGAGGAAACUUUAGCGAGGAAGAAGAAGAAACCAUCACUAAGCUACAUCAAGUUCUUGGAAACAGAUGGUCUGCAAUUGCAUCAAGGCUGCCGGGACGAACAGAUAAUGAAAUAAAGAAUUUUUGGCACACUCAUUUGAAGAAAAGAACAGAACACAAUAAUUAUUUAGCAUCUACUACAACUACAAAGAGAAGCUUUCAUGAUAUGAUGAUACCUAAAAGGACAACAAAUGUUUCACAAAAAAUCAAUCAUCAUAUAAUUGCUUCAAAUUAUCAAGCUUCCCAAAAUAUUGUUACCUAUCAUCCAACUUGUGAUGUUGAAGAUCUUCAAGAGAAUAACUCAUCGAGUUAUUCUGAGAGUACUCAAUCAAACAAGGAGGAAAGCAUGCAAUCCAUUAAUGGUGAAAAUAUAGGUACUGAAUCUGCAAAUGAACAUGGGGACACUAGUUUCAGCAAUGAUAUGGUUUUUUGGUAUAAUAUCUUCAUUAGUGCAGGAACCAUAUCUGAGAGUUAGAGGUGAUCGAAUCCAGGUUCUAGAGUCAAUAAGUUCAGAAUAAGUGAGAUCUUAUUAUAUGUAUACGCUUUAAAUUUUUUCCUAUAUGUAUACAAAGUUCGAGACAAGAAACGUAACAUCAAUGACCACGGAAAUCGCUCUAGAUCCGCCUCUAACUUAUGAGAGUUGAAUUUCCACGACAUGAUGUGUGUUUACAGUUAUCAUCUAUAAUACUUGUGCUUAUUGGAA